CCGCAGCCUUUAACUUGUACCCAGCGGACGCGAUCGAACGGCCUCAAACUUCUCUCCUCCAGACCACUACCAGACCAGAAACCGUCGUCUCCUCCACCGACCAUGCCGCCGCCGGCAACGGCACGAGCACUGCCCGAAGAGCUCGUCGAGGAGAUCUUCUUCCGCGUCCCGCCGACCGAGCCGGCGUCUCUCGUGCGCGCCUCCCUCGCCAGCAAGCCCUGGCUCAGCCUGCUGACCGGCCGCCGUUUCAACGGCCGCUACUGCGAGUUCCAUGGAUCUCCCCCCAUGCUGGGAUUGCUCUGCCACUGGCGCAGGUACACUGCACCAACGGCGGAAGACAACCUCCCGCCCUUCAUCUCCACCACGAGCUUCGCCGCACGCAUUCCCGACGACGAGGACUGGGUAGCCUCGGCCUCUGUGAUGGACUGCCGCCAUGGCCGUGUUCUGCUUUCCGAAACGGGUACGCUACCCCUGCAAUUCAUCGUUUGGGACCCCAUGACGGGCUCCUGUAGUUGGCUGUGCGCCCCUGAAGAUUAUUACAAUAGCGAGAAGGCGGCGGUGGUAUGUGCCGUGAGCGGCUGCAACCACCGCGCGUGUCAUGAGGGUCCUUUCCGGAUCAUCUUAGUUGGCGUGAGAAAUGAGGGCGAUGGUUAUGGUUGUGUUGCAUACGCGCACAUGUCCCUGCCUAAGCUGGGUCAGUGGAGCAACACAUGCCAUGGUCUUGAUCUUGAGGGUGAGAGUGCAUACAUUCUCGACAAGCCCUCUGUCUUGGCUGAAGGUGCACUGUAUUUCAUUCUUGUGUAUCAUGAUGAUGAUGAUGGUGAUGGCGAUGAUGAUGAUGAUGGUGAUGAUUAUGGUGGUCGUGAUGAUGAUGAUGAUGACGAUGGCGAUGAUGAUGAUGGUGAUGAUGAUGGUGACGAUGAGGACGACGGCGAUGAUGGCGACGACGAUGAUGACAAAGACGAUGAUGACGACGCUGAUGGUGGUGGUGAUGAUGAUGAUGAUGAUGAUGAUGAUGACAACAAUGGCAACAGAGUAGCUAUUCUCAAGUAUGACUUGGGAUCUAAUUACCUAUCAGUGAUUGAUGCACCACCCAAGGAGACUCACCAGGCCGAUGAUGUCAUCCUCAUGUUGAUGGAAGAUGGUGGUUUGGGGUUUGCACAAUUGGACAGGUUAACCCUCAUAAUAUGGUCAAGGCAGAUGGGGCCUGAUGGAUUUUCAACAUGGACUCAGCGUACAGUUGUCAAUCUCAAGGAACUUCUUCCCAUUCAAAAUAUAAAGGAAACACUUCGGCUGACCGGAUCCGUGGAGGGUGGUGAUAUCAUUUUCGUGACCACGGACCUUGGCAUCUACCAGAUUAAUAUAAAGUCACUGCAAUGGAAGAAGGUCUGGAAGAGAGAAGAAUGGCGUGCUCUGUUUCCCUACAUGAGUUUCUACAAUCCACAAGAAAGGGUGGGCCCCCGUUAUGUGGUACACUGAAACACACAAGGUUGAAUAGCUUACGGGAAGGAUGCCAGUCUCAUCAAAACGAAUCUUGGAGGUGACCCCGAUCUUAUGAUGAAUUGUAUCACUAGCUAUUCUGUAGUUAGUUUGGUAAAAAGGUGUUUGUUCCCUUGUAAUGUUGUUGGCUUUAUCAAUAAGCUUCAGAACUCCAUGUGUUCUUGUCACGCGUAAGUAGGUGAAUGUGUUAUCUUGAAAUGAAACACAGACUCCUUGGACCUGAAGUGAAACAUGUGCUCUGUUAUUUAACUUGUUUGAGAGUGCACCGCAGAUGCU